GGGUGGAGGCCGAGCGCAUGAAGCGCGCUCCGAUUGGCCAGCUCGUGCCGCCUGUCGCGUCGGGAUUGGCCGUGCGCGGCUCGCGGGGGGGUGUUAAAGGGCCCGCGAGGCGCGCUGGAGCUGUUGCUGUGCGCCAUGGCCUACCAGGGCUUCGCGCAGGAGUACCUGGGCAUGCCGGCCGUGACGCGGGCCUACACCACCGCCUGCGUGCUCACCACCGCCGCCGUGCUGGAGUUCAUCACCCCCUUCCAGCUGUACUUCAACCCCGACCUCAUCUUCAGGAAGUUCCAGAUAUGGAGGCUGAUCACCAACUUCCUCUUUUUUGGGCCACUGGGAUUCAGUUUCUUUUUCAACAUGAUAUUUCUGUACAGGUACUGCCGCAUGCUAGAAGAAGGCUCCUUCCGUGGAAGGACAGCUGACUUUGUUUUCAUGUUCCUCUUUGGAGGAUUUCUCAUGACACUAUUUGGACUCUUUGCCAGCCUGUUUUUCCUGGGCCAGGCUUUCACCAUCAUGCUGGUGUAUGUGUGGAGUCGCAGGAACCCUUAUAUCCGCAUGAACUUCUUUGGGCUUCUUAACUUCCAGGCCCCCUUCUUGCCCUGGGUCCUGAUGGGAUUCUCUCUGCUCCUGGGCAACUCCAUCAUCAUUGACUUACUGGGGAUUGCUGUGGGUCACAUCUAUUAUUUCUUGGAAGAUGUUUUUCCCAACCAGCCUGGAGGAAAGAAGUUGCUGUUAACCCCUGGCUUCCUGAAGAUGGUAUUUGACACACCGGAGGAGGAUCCCAACUAUAACCCUCUCCCUGAAGACCAACCUGGAGACCAGGACCAGAACCAGCAUCCACAGUAACAUGUGGGACUCUUCUAUGUGGCCAGAUUCCUCUUUUCUGGAUGGACCGAUACUGUGGCCCAGAGAUCCUACUGGAAUAACAUCAGUUGACAUUCUGAUGUGUCAUGUUUCACUGUUUGUAUGGGUAACCCAUUUUCCCCUUGUACUAAGUGGUUCCAAAGAGCUUUGCACAUAAGAACUGAUGAAUGCUCAUGGAGGUGUUCUAGGGACAGGGACUGGAAGCUGUGAUGGCUCCUCAGUUACUGGGGAGUAAGUAUCAAAUGGGGUGUUAAACCAGUUGCUCCUUCUCUUGCUGUUUGAUUUGAUGCAUGUCAGGUCACUCUUGCCCUCUGUAGAAUGCUCCUGGCUCUCCUGGUUGUGGGCUUUCAAUGAGGUAGUAGUCCCAACUCUAUCAUGGUAGAAUGCCGUGCAGCCUCUUCCUUGCCUCUCAGUCCCCCACUCCUUUUUGGUUUUUGUUUCCAAAGAGUCUUUACAUUAAAGUCUUUAUUUUUCA